UAAACAAUGCAAUGGUAAUAAUUACAUUUUAACAAUAAUCGCAAAAUUUGUCGUAUUUUUUCAAACCAGAAAUUGUCACAACUCGAGCGAAUGGAUGUUGCUUCGAGUGACGAAAACGGCGGCAUUAAAUGCAAGGUGUGCAAAAGUGACUUUUCAAACGAAGUGCAGUUCCUCGAACAUCUGAAGGAGAAUCCGUGGUGCGAAAGGUUGACUUGUGACGUGUGUCGGAAUCAAUUUACACGGAUCUUCAGUUUGAAAAGACACAAGUUAAUACAUUCAAACGAAAAGAAAUUUAAAUGCGAGGAAUGUGGUUAUUCUACCGGAGUUGAAUCAAAUUUUAGAAAACACCAAAAUAAACACUCGAAAAAAGAACUUUAUAAAUGUAGCUAUUGUAAUCGUUCAACUAUAUGGAAAGAGAGUUUAGACAGACAUAUUUUGCGAAACCAUUUAACAGAAUCGAAUAUAGGCGAAAAACUUUCGCCGAGAUUUCUGGAUUUGGAAAAAUAUCGAUGCGAGUUUUGCCGGAAACAUUUUCCAUCUCCAUUCGCUUUAAAACGUCACGAGAGAAGUCAUUCGGGAAAAAAACCGUUUCGGUGUGAUGAUUGUUUUCGAAGAUUUACACGACAAAAGAACUUAAAUAAACACAAGCGAAUAAUUCAUUCGACAGUAGAAAAACAAUUUCCGUCUCAGAAAACUGCAGGCGAAAGCACUUCAAAAUCUUUUAAACACUCGGAACAGAGUGAGGUGCACUCUUCUGCUGAAAUCUCAGCAGCAAGUUUCAUGCGAGAGGAACAUUUUGAAACAAACGACAAAGAUAAAAGUUUGCAAUCUUCUGAAAGAUUAUGGCAAUGUCAUCAAUGUAUCUUUACUACAAACUCCGAGAAAGAAUGGUUCGUACAUAAACAGACACACGUCAAUGAAGCUCCUUGCACAUCAAAGGAACAGGACGAAACUGAUCUAGAAGUAAUCAGAGCAUCCGAAAUUCUCGUCAACAUGAGAAAUAAAAGAUUGGAGCUGAUAAAGAAACAAAAGGAAUCGCCUGAUUCCGAUACUCCGCCAACAUUACAACAAAUUACAGGAGAAGGUACAUCAAAAACUUUUAAACUCUCGGAACAGAGUGAGAUACACUCUUCUGCCGAAAUCUCAGCAGCGAGUUCCAUGCGAGAGGAACAUUUUGAAACAAACGAAAAAGAUAAAACUUUGCAAUUUUCUGAAAAAUUAUGGCAAUGUCAUCAAUGUCGCUUUACUACAAUAUCCGAGAGAGAAUGGUUCGUACAUAAACAGACACACGUCGAUGAAGCCUCUUGCACAUCAAAGAAUAAUUACAUUUUAACAAUAAUCGCAAAAUUUGUCGUAUUUUUUCAAACCAGAAAUUGUCACAACUGCAAGCGAAUGGAGGUUGCUUCGAGUGACGAAAACGGCGGUAUUAAAUGUAAGGUGUGCAAAAGUGAGUAUUCAAACGAAGUGCAGUUUCUCGAACAUCUGAAGGAGAAUCCGAAGUGUGAAAAGUUGACUUGUGACGUGUGUCGGAAACAAUUUACUCGGAUCUACACUUUGAAAACACACAAGUUAGCCAUACAUUCAAACGAAAAGAAAUUUAAAUGCGAGGAAUGUGAUUAUUCUACCGGAGUUAAAUCAGAUUUUAGAAGACACCAAAAUAAACACUCGAAAAAAGAACUUUAUAAAUGUAGCUAUUGUAAUCGUUCAACUAUAUGGAAACAGAGUUUAGACAGACAUAUUUUGCUAAAACAUUUGACAGAAUCGAAUAUCAGUGAAAAACUUCCGCCGAGAUUUCUGGAUUUGGAAAAAUAUCGAUGCAAAGUUUGCCUGAAAUAUUGCCAUGCUCCAUACGCUUUAAAACGUCACGAGAGAAGUCAUACGGGAAAAAAACCGUUUCAGUGUGAUGAUUGUUUUCGAAGAUUUACACGAGAAGAGAAAUUAAACAAACACAGGCGAAUAAUUCAUUCCACAGUAGAAAAACAGCCUUCGUCUCAGCAAAUUACAGGAGAAAGUAUAUCAAAAACUAUUAAAAACUCGGAACAGAGUGGGAUGUACACUUCUGCUGAAAUCUCAGCAGCGAGUUCGACGCGAGAGGAACAUCUUAAAACAAACGAGAAAGAUAAGAGUUUGCAAUUUUCUGAAAGAUUACGGCAAUGUCAUCAAUGUCGCUUUACUACAAACUCCGAGAAAGAAUGGUUCGUACAUAGACAGACACACGUCGAUGGAGCUCCUUGCACAUCAAAGGAACAGGAAGAAAUCGAUUCAGAAGUGGUCAGAGCAUCCGAAAUUCUCAUGGACAUGAGAAAGAAAAGAUUGGAAGAGAUAAAUGAACAAAAGAAAUCGCCUGAUUCUGAUACUCCGCCAACAUUACAAUAACCUACGAAUGUUCAAUAUCUAUUCAUUUUCCAUCCAGUUUUUAAAAAUUUCAACGAGAGUAUUUCUAAUUCUAUUUAUUUCACGCAAAAGUGUUGUAAAUAGCUCCUAAAUUCGACAUUUAAGACGAAUUGAACUUAUUGAUUACUGUAAUAUUUUGACAAAUCUUCGUAAACGAAAAUAAUUAAU